AUGCCCUCAGGCCGCACGAACCUUCGCUUCCGAUCGUGCGAAACCCCCCAUCGGCCCAAAUUCAUCUGUCUCUCGCGAUCGUGUCGCAGGCUGUUCAAGCCAUUUUUCGACCCUGCCCGCUUCGACUACCGCGUUGAUCGGAACGAAUGGUCGGUCCGGCCCCGGUGGGAUGUUACCCCCGAGCUCAGGGCCGCGGGACGGCUCAACGCGUCGGCCCUCCCGCCUGCCACGCGACGGCGGAUGCAUGAACUCAGAGGACGACUGGAUGCCAUUGAGAGCCAAAAACAGCAGCAGGCUCGUAGCAGUAGUGGUGGUGGUGAUGAUGAUGAUGAUGAUGAUGAUGAUGAUGAUGAUGAUGAUGGGGGUGAUGGCGGUCUUGGUAAGGGUGAUAGUGAUAUCCGCGAGCCCGAACCUCUUAGCGACGACGAUCUCGCGUGGCUGAGGGAUCAUGAUCCCGAGGUAUGGUGGACGCGCGUCGUCGGCGUGGGCCACGACCAUGCCAAGCGGUGUCCGGGCUGUGGUGGGAGCGGCGUGCGCGUGGGUUCUAAUUUCAGGGUCCCGGCUCGGAAGGACGAGAAAGCGUGGAAGGAAUUGGAACGGAUGGUCAGUCAGGGCGUGGACAUGCUGGCCGAGUUUGAGUUUUGUCCGACGGUGGAAGUGUGGGAGGAGAUGGCGAGGGAGGCGGAGAGGGUCAAAAGGAAGGAAGCGAGUGGUGAAGGGAUUUAA